CCACAGAAAUAGAAGAGCCAGAGGGAACGCAGACAUCGCCGUGAUAGGCCACUCCUUAGGGGACAAAAACACGGGUGUCCCUCUGGAUCCACAUCGGUAGGUAGACACGGAACCCCACUGGUAAAAUGGCUUCGUCUACAACUCUUCAACAGAAGCACAACAUGGACCUGGAGGAGUCAUCGCACUACGAAGAGAUACGGAAAGAAAUGCACCAGGCUAUCGAUGCAAAAAAUUAUCGUCGAGUGCAACACUGUCUUCAAAGAGCACAAGACUUGAAGUUGUGGCUUCAUCCGGACAGUGAUGAGUCAGCUAUGCACAAAGCAAUCAAGAGCAGGGCUUUCAAAGUUUAUGGACUGCUCAUGUCACACGGGUGUGAUUUCAAACAUCAGACAGAGAGGGAAUGCUUCGAAGGCCUAAACUGGCUUCAAAGAGCAGAACUUCAAAGACAACGAUUCUUCGUGACGAAAGACGAGGGCUCUUACGUAAAUCACCUCAAAGAUCGAAUAGAUUGCCACCCAGGACAGGACAGCUUCAGGGCGAAGGCUGAGCAGAUGCUCGAAGAACUCGACCGCAUUGAGUUAGUCCGACCUAUUCUGCAAGUAGUGGCUACAUCACCGCAUCUCAAAAUACGCUUUGACUUUGACAGAGGCGAUGUCCAACCCUUGAUGGGAUGUUGUGGCAGGUACAAUCGUGGGUUGACAGAUUACGAAAAAGAAGAAAUAUUUAUCGCAGCCAAUCCGGAGGGAUUCACCGACGCACGUCGAGAUGCAGAAGUCCUGGGAACAUUGGCACACGAGCUAUGCCACUUCGCCCUUCAUCUGGUAUACAGGAACGAGGGAACGCCUUAUCGCCGCCCUGAUACAAUGCGAAGACGUCGUUACCAAAAUAUUAUUGCGAGCACUAAGGACAUCAAAGGACUAGACGAAAUCAUCAUGUUAGCAUUUCAGUAUGGCAACCCCACUGAAAAGGAACUGAUUGUGCGUAUCCCUCACAUCCUUGCCCUGCAUGGGAGUCCUGGAGAAGGGGACACCAUCCUACUAAGCCAGGCACCCGAACUCCUCGCAUUCUACAAAGAAUUCGUUACAUCAGAUGUACCCAGAUACAUCCAGCGCACAUGUCCCAGCAAAGACGUGGAGAACAUAAAGAUAGAAAACGCGAGGCAAGAAAUUGCGGAGAAGACAGACAAGCUCAACGUGAAGUUUCAGAAAACAAUCAAGCCGGAGGACUUGGGGGACGUUCCCCUUCUCAUUGUUUCAGGCCCAGAGGUGUCUUUGCUUGAGAUUCUCGUUCACGACGCUGUCAAGUCUACGGGAGAGCUAUACUUAUUUUUCAAAGCAUCCCGGUGGGACGAUACGCUGCGAGAUGUCUUGAUUGAGAACAAAUGCAACUUUGUGCUUCUAGCUUGCAACGAUAAAACAAAAACUAGAACCGCAUUGUCCCUGCUCAACGAUGUCUCCGAAACGGUUGGCACAAGAAUCAUCCUACUUGUUCCUGAGGAAGACAAAGAUUACUUCUUGGAAGAAGCGCAACAAGGGAGUUACUUUGCGGACAAUCAUCUUGCUGCCCGCGUCCCUGAAGCUCGGUUUCAUAACAUCUCACCAGAGUGUUUUGACAAAGUCUGGAGAACGUGCUACAUACGAUUCACAGGGCGAGAUCACCGGGUGCCCAUUAUAAACAUCACGAACCUUGAAAGCUUCAAAGAGUUUAUGAACACGACAGCAUUCUUGAUAUUAUGUGAAUCGAAACUGAUCGAAAUUGGACCACCGGUUCCCAAACUGCAACGGGACAUCAGUGCUUACUACAUCAACCGAAGACUCGAACGAGCAGUCGACGUUGACGUCGAGAGGAUUAGUUCAAAUUCUACACGUGAGGCCUUCGCUUUUUGUGGAUGUUCUGUGGACACAGUGUCGGCUUCUUUUCCAAGCGAUGUGAAAGUGUACAAAAUGAAGGACUUGACAGAGUUUGAAACCCUUGUGGUUCUCGAAGACAUCGACGAUUACGAACUGCUUACAAAUGACGGUCGCUAUAAAGGAAAGACAGUCCAUUUAUUAGAAUAUGACGCCUCUCGAGAAGCCUUCGUUUGGAUCAAGUCCAACGGCCCUUUAAGUCACAUUCCAUGGGGGAAAUCAAAAAUGCACAGCCAGGAUGAACUGCUGAAGCCAAGAGAGGAGGCUGUCGUCGUCUGUGGAGAACCAGGAAUUGGAAAGAGUGCAUUGGCCUACCGCAUCUUUAGAGAAAUAGACGAAAAGAUAGAGAACCAUUGGGUGUUGUACAUCGACCUAGCAAAGAACAUCCAACGCGUCGAAGCAAAGAGUAAUGGCGGAGAUGCCCAGCAAUUGGCUCUUCUGUGCGGUGUAAAAACAGAAGGCCCCGAAUUCGCUUUGCUUCAACACAGUGUCCAGCACGGGAAUCCUUUUCGUGUAGUCUUCAUUUUCGACGGUUUCGACGAAAUUGACGAGGAUAAUCGCCAGUACAUUCUCGAGCUUGUGCAGCAUCUGCGCUCCCAGCAAACAUCGAAAAUAUUUCUUCUCAGCCGUGGUGUGUUUAAGACCUCGAUUCAAGACGCUCUUCAUACAGUGUCCUUCGACCUGCUUCCAUUUUCGUCUGAUGACCUCGUGACAUUUCUAGAACGUUACUGGAAGGCGAACGGUGUCAGCGAUGAAAAAUUACGCAGGUUUGCUAAAGGGGUCUUCAAGAAGUAUGUGGCGGUGGUGGGAAAUAGUACAAGGCCCUUGGAUAAUCCUCUUCUAAUUCGAAUGGUUGCGGAAUUGGAGGAACCUAACAUUUCCCUGGGCGAGUACUCAGGCGAUAUUCAAAGUUCUGAUGAAGAAAACAUAACUUUAUUCCAUAUUUACAAGAGGUUUGUGGACUACAAGCACGACAUCUACGCCAAAGAGAAAAUGAACCUCGAUCUUAAAACUGCUCCUCGAGAUUUAAAGCAUGCAUAUGAAUUGUCCAAGAAAGAAUUCCAGAGGAGGUUGUGCCUUGUCGCAGUGAAUGUCAUUUUCGGCAGCUGCCAGCAAAAGAAGAUUUUGACGCAAAAUGAGCUGGAGGAGCUCAAGCCAGAAGGAGAACUCAUGAAAGAGGUUGCCGAGAGCGGCCUCGGGUAUGGUCUAUUGGAUGGACUUCAUGAAGGGCUUCCUGCUUUCAUUCACCAAACCUUCGCUGAAUUCUUCGCAGCACAGUAUCUAUACAAUAACGCAAAACGGAAUGAAACGCCCGCCUUGGUGGAACAAAUUUUGAAAAUGUACACACAGGGCGACUUCCAAAGAGUUACGUUAUUCUUUGAUAGUUUCGCAGCAGCCUCCUCACUCAUCCAUUCUUUCAUUAUCGGCGGUAACGUAUCAUCGAUAAGGUCUCAUCUUACUCUAGAGAAGAUGAAUACUGUUGACGAAUUCAGUAGAACGCCACUGCACAUAGCUACAUUAUACGCAGAACCAGACAUAUUGAAGAUGAUGACGGAUAUGAUGAAUAUCCUUCCAAAGAAUGAAAGGCUAAGCCAGAAAGAUAUAUUUGGGAUGACCCCAUUGAUGUACGCGGACAAACGCCAAACGUGGAAAAGUUUGGACAUAUUGUGUGGUUGGUACAGUGAUGCAAACAUCGCGUGGGCUGAAGAAAUUCCUACUGCGGUACGCGAUAUUCGUUCUACUGUGUUUGAAGUAGCGAAGGGGAACUUUUGCUCCCUAUUAAGUGUCCUCCUCAGUCAAUGCUGUAGAACGCGCAGAGAAUGUCGUCUCGGAAGAAAUCCCCACCUCAUAGAUUUGGAUACUAUCACGGCUAUGGAGAUGCCUGUCUUGUUCUUUGCACGAUCGGUAGCUGUUCUAGAACUCCUGCUUCCUUAUUGUUCCACUAGUCUGCGUUCUGAAAGGGGCAGAACACCGUUCAUCCAUGGAAUGUUUGAAGAAUUUCCUCACUUACGUCUUUACUUGCGCGAUCGAUGCUACACUAGGCCACACGAUGUGAACAUAGGACAGAAUGUCUUUGAGACAUUGGAGUUUCGUUUCCUUCACCUACCAGUAGAUAUCCCCGACGAGAUGGAGAGGACCCCGUUGAACAUGUGUGUGAGACUUGGCCAAAGCGAGUUAGUGAAGCUGCUACUUCUCAGAUCACGGACGAAUGUGGAAGACUGGUGUUGCCGUACGCCAUUGGAUUUGGCAUAUGGAUAUGGUGACCUUGAUGUCAUCAAGUUACUUCUUCCACAUUCAACGCUGUAUUACCCGAAACAUUUGUUUUCGGAGGAAUCCCGAUUCGAUUGGUGUAUGAAUGAGACUGUGUUCCGGCUCGACUUCUAUCGCGAAAAUGUUAGUAGCGUAUCUGUCAGUCUAUAUUAUUCGCCUGAAAAGAUGUGCCAAAUAAUGUCCAAUGUAAGAGAGCGAGACACUUAUCAGAAAGCCUUUCAAGAUUUUUUUCCGUAUUUGAAUAUUGAAGCGCGAAAGGCUCUGGAAGGAAAUCUUCGGGGUCUGGUAGAUUCUGUGAACUACACUAAUGCGAACAGGCAUUUUCGUCCUUAUAAUGUACUUGUCUACGAUCUGCAAGAUCGUAGGGAUGUGUGGAGUAGACUUGCGACUCCCGUUGUGCUGAAACAGUUAAUACCGCUCAUCGACGGAUCUCCUACUUGUCAAUGUCGCCUCAUACUUAUACACCCCUCUUUUAACCAUAAUGAUCUAGAUGCAGUAAAACUGUUACUUCCACAUUCAAACCUGAGUGCAAGAAACAAAGAAGGAAUGAGAGCUCAUGAGAGAGCCCUCCACUCCAAUAAAGAUAACCACGAACAAAUCCAGAUGCUUCGUCGGUGGACGACAGAAAGAACGUUUGUACAUGUCCAUUAUCUUAACACUGGGCGACAUCAAGGUUCGCCAAUUGCAAAAAAAUAAAUUAUGUUUGACGUUUGUAGUAUGUUGACCUCUAUGUGUAAAAUGCAUAGCGCGCGUCUAACUAAUUGACCUCACGCAGUGCUUCCUUCCUGACGCUCACGGCCAAACUGAAUGCAAUAAUGCAAUGAGUCAGAACACACCUGCAACAACAAGAAUCAAUAUAUAAUGUUGAUGACAUGAAAUCCAUGCCGUCUGACACCGGUUAGACUAAAAUAUUUUAUUCUCGCGUAUUCACUCGAGAAUGAUGCCUGCAAAUUAUUUUAUCUGCCCGAGCAUAGUCGCAGUACGCUUUAUAUUAUUUAUAUUAGAUACGUACAUAUACGCGCGUUAUAUUUAUAUUAUUACAUUACCUUUGGCGCGAACAUAGUUCACCCCCCUCCCUCCCAACACACACACAUAUUCUACCCGAUUAGAUAUUCACCGGGACUGCAGAUCCUACCCAAUGCCCCGUGCAGCCGUUUCAAAUUCCGGGCCUUAUGAUAGUCACCGUAUAAACACAUGUUGCGUGUACGGUGCUGUGCAGACUCGGGCUUUUCCCACCAUGGAAUACACUAUACCGUUCCUCAUAGGGUUGUAAAACUGGCUACAAUAUCAAGAUAAGGUGAUGAAUGCCCUGCUAGAGCUUGACAUGAAACUUGUUGACGUGAAUCAAUAAAGAUGUGUUUCUCAGUGG